AUGUCGAGGCGCAGCGGCAUCGAGGCCUCCAACGUGCUCCAGGGCCCGCGCAAGAGGCUGCGCGGCAGCAACACCAACAACAACGACAACGACGCCGCGGGCUCAGUCGAAGAGCCGGCAGCGACCAGCGCCGCGGCGGCUGCUAGUGCUGCGACGGCUUCAGGCACCGCCGCCAUGGGCGCAAUCGAACGCAAAAUUCACAGCCUCUCGCUCGACCAGCUGACGCAGAGCGGCCAACGCCUCAUGGACACGGUCAUGGACGCCAUCGACCCCACCGACGGCGCGCCCCUCCACGACUUCUUCCUCGAGCUCCCCGACGCCGACGAGUACCCGGACUACUACGAGAUCAUCAAGCGGCCCCUCGCCCUCGACGCCAUCCAGCACAAGCUCGACCAGCGCGCCUACGCCUCCCUCCCCGACAUCAAGCACGACUUUGAGACCAUCUGCAACAACGCAAAGCGCUACAACCUCCGCGACACCCCCGUCUGGCUCAAGGCGAGAGACCUGCACAGCCUCAUCAAGAUCACCUACGUCCAGAUCGUAGAGAGCCUCCCCGAGCCAAGUGCCGCUGCGCCUCCAUCCACCACCAUGCCCGCCGACCAACCCUCAUCCUCGGACGCGCAGCCAGCUCGCUCCAAACGCAUCCUUCUUCGCUCCACAAAGUCGCAGCAGAAGCUCAACGAUGCCAAGUCCGAACCGCAAGACGCCACCGCCCCACUGCCACCUCCAUCCGAGUCGUCUGUGGAACGCGCACAGCAGGCUGCUGAUCUCCCCUCCACCCCCGCCCGCCAGCAGAGUCUACAGCCCGCCACCACCGUCGGCACUCCAAGCUCACAGGCGGACGACGACGAUGCAGAUGCAGACGGCGACGACGGCUGGGACGACGCCAACUCGUCCAAACUCACAAAGGGCGGCCUCCUCGACGGCCGCAAGCGGCCCGGCAAGCGCGGCAAGCGUCUCAAGGCCACGCUCCGCCAACUCGUCCACGACCUUCGCCGCGUCGUCGGCACACGCGGCUAUCCCAUCGUCGCACAGUUCGAUGCACUCCCCAAACGCAACGAGGUGCCCGAGUACUACCAGGUCGUUCAAAGACCCAUCUGUAUGCGCGACAUUGAGCAUCGCGUGUACGAAAAAUCCUACAUCAACGCACACGCCCUCUUCACCGACCUCGAACAGAUGCUCAACAACGCCAUGUCCUUCUACCCGCCCGAAUCCACCAUCUGGCAAGACGCACACGAGAUCCGCAGCUACUUUGAGCGCGAGGCCAUCCCUGCACUCAUCCAGGACGGAUUCACCCUCGAAAAGGACGACGUCAGGCAGUCGGCGCUCCCGCUCCACCUCGCCGCCAACAGCACCAUCGAGGCGCACAAGGCCGCAUACAAGAUGAUCGUCUCCAAGGCAUCCGGCAUGGAUCCCAGCGCGUCUCAGAGCCCCGAGCCCUCGUCGCGCAUCCGACUCGGAUCCGCCGGUCUCGCUGGCUCCCCCGCCCUGCCGCCAGCAACCGCUCUGCCAGCCAGCUCACCUGCGCCGUUCGGCUCGCCCUCCCCCGCUCCGGGUGCGACCAUGUCGACGCCAGGCCCGAUGGCCAUGUCGAUGCCCAUGCUGCCUCCGGGAUCCAUGUCUACAUCCAUGUCGCCCAUGCCAACCGUGCCUGGGCUGCCAACCAUGCCGGGCGUCACGGGUAUGCCCAUCGUCGCAUCGCCAGGCCGACCGCUCCAGUACCCCGGCACCGCAUCCACGCCCGUCGCCUCGCCCGCCAACCUGUCGGUGCGUCCCGCAGCCACGCCCGACUCCGUAAGGAGGCCCGUCGGCCGUCCGCCCGGCAAAGGCACCCCGACGCGCUCCAACCCGUAUCCGUUCCUGGAGCGCCGCAUCGGACCGGGCCGACCCAAGAAGCACGAGGCGGCCGCACGACAGGCGGCCAUCGCAGCGCACGAGGAGAUGCAGCGCAAGCUCGCACUGCAGCAGCAGCAAGAGGAGAUGGCAGCGCAGCAGCACGCCGCCGCCAUGGCCAACCAGCCGCUACCGCAAUGGCAGCAGCAGCAGCUGGCACAGCAGCAACAGCUCCAGCACCAGCUCUACAUGCAGCAGCAGGCAAAGCAGCAAGAGCAGCAGCAGCAGCGACUCCAACAACAGCGACAACGCCAGCAGCAACAAAAGCAACAGCAACAGCAGCAGCAGCAGGAGCAACAGGAGCAGCAGCAGCAACAGCAGGCGAUGCUUGAGCAGCAGCACCACUACCAGCAGCAGCUCAUGCAGCAACAGCAGGCUCAGCACGGCAUGCCCGCAUUCAGCCCCUCGGUGCCCAACCAGAUGCUGCCGCCCGGUGCGCCGCUCACUCCGGGUCAGCAUGCGGCGUUUGGAGCGGGCACGAUGGUGACGGAGCCUGCGUCGCCGUUGAAGCGCAAGGAGGCGCUGCUACCCGCCGAGCCCAGUGCACCGCUCCCCUACGAAGGGCUGGAGAACCGCACGCCGCUCAUCGCCAGCUUCGCGAUCGACAUGGAGGUGGAGACUGCCGAUGGGCAGACGCUCGCCGUGCCCUCGGUCGAGGUCAAGAACGCCAGCGUGACGCAGCACACGCUGCAGAUUCCACCCAAUGCGUCGAGCAUCACCAUCGAGUUUCCGCUGCGCAUGCUCAAUCGGCGCGCCAGGGCGGUUGCACCCAAGACCGAAGCUGGUGAGGCUGAUGCGGCGGGUUCGGACGGUGAUGUAUCGAUGGCGGAUGGUGUCAACGGUGGGCACAAGGAUGCAGUGGAAGAGUCGGGCAAGACGGGUGGUGUUGAGGUGUUGACGUGGCCUUGGCAGCCGCAGCUGUGGUUCAACGGUCGACCUGCGAGUGGCAAGUGGGUUGCUGCGGACGCACUGAUUGAUCCAGCACUUCUCGACGAGCAGCAAAAAGAGGCGGACGAGGCGUUUACGACGUCGCUGGGCUGCUCGUUCUGCCGCGUAAGGCUGCUGCCCAAGCGUGGCAUCAAUGUGUUUGAAGUCUCGGUCGCGCCCGAAGCGAGCUACGAGCCGCUGAAGCAUGUGCCGGCUGAAAGGUACUCGAUCUACUUUUGCUAG